AUGUUGGAACCCCUUAUCUGUGUUUGCCGUAAUAAGGAAGGUAAGAAUGAUGAUGUAUUGGUGAUGAGGUUACGAGCCUCCGAGGUACUGUCUCCGGGGGUGGAUGUUUCAGAAGAAAGUGAUCGAAUGAUCGGCCGUCCCGAGGGAGAUCGCAUCCCGGCAUAUACUAGAAGACGAGGUUGGGUGAAUAACACUGGGAUUUUUCCGAGAUUAAUGUCCACCACCAGAAUCGUAUCUGAGAAUUGA